UAGGUUACGUAGCCCCGUCGGUUGAAACGACGACUCUCUCCUUGACCAUCCAUCCAUCGAUCGACAGCCUCAGACCAACGCGUAGUUGUAUUACUUCUCUGGAGAGAGAGAGAGAGAGAGAGAGAGAGAGAGAGAGUCUUGAAAUGGGGGAAGAAGAGGAUCCACAGAGGCUGAAGAAUGUAGCGGCGGCGUCGUACGACUACGAAAACGACCCGAGAUGGGCGGAGUACUGGUCAAACAUACUCAUCCCCCCUCACAUGGCUUCUCGCUCCGACGUCCUCGACCACUACAAGCGCAAGUUCUACCAGCGUUACAUCGAUCCUGAUCUUCUUGUUGAGGCGAUUGCUUCUGGCAGUUCCUCUCAGUCAGCAAGGCCAACACCAUCAUCAUCUUCAACUCCAAAUGACCAAGCACGACAACGUACCUCAGGAUCAACUACUAGGACAUCAGGGUCAUCAACAACUGCAGCUCCAAGUCCAACUUCUUUGCGCUGGGAUUGGCAAACCAUUCAUUUUUCCGUCAAUGCUUGGGUUCUUGUGAUGGCUGUGCUUGCUAUAAUUCCUCUUGUACCUGCAAAUCUUUCGAACAGGGCAUACAGGCUUUCCUUUAUGGGCACAGCAUGUUCUUCUCUGUAUUCAUUGUACUCUCUCUAUGGGAAACCUAGGGCAUGGAAUUUGCAGGCCUUGCAAGUAUGGUUUCAGUCUGUGAUAGCAACAAAGGACUUUAUCUACUUCAUUUACUGUCUUACUUUUGUCACUUCACAUCUUCACCUCAAAUUUGCUUUGAUUCCCGUGAUAUGCUGGGCUUUGGAACAUGUUGCCAAGUUCCUUAGACGUAACUUUAGCCGUGCUUCUGCAUACAGGAAGUACUUGGAAGAGCCAUGUGUCUGGGUAGAGUCAAACACAUCUACCCUCAGCAUUCUUUCUUCACAAGCUGAGAUUGGACUUGGAUUUCUUCUAGUUCUUUCUCUGUUCUCGUGGCAGCGCAACAUAAUACAAACAUUCAUGUACUGGCAGCUAUUAAAGCUCAUGUAUCAUGCCCCUGUGACUGCCGGUUACCAUCAAAGCGUGUGGGCUAAUAUUGGGAGGAUUGUCAAUCCGCUGGUCCAUCAUUAUGCACCCUUUUUGAACACUCCAAUUUCUGCAGUUCAGAGAUGGUGGUUCAGGCAAUAAGCCCAUAUGGACAGAAGAAGAGCUCUCUGGUGGAAUGAUCAGUACGGGAUUUCGUAGAAUCACGAGAUCAGAAAUGAUUGAUUAAACCUCUGCUAGUAAUCUCUUAGGAACCCUACCUUCGUGCCUCCUGUUUUCACAUGUACGAACAGUUGACCAAACACGUGUCUUUCUUACUCUCCCUCAAUUCGGAAGAAUAUCUCAUCUUAUGAGGAGAGCACAUGGUUAACUCUUGAUUCCUAGAUGAGACAAUAUGCUAUGAUGGGCAUAGAUAUGGAACUUUUGUUUGGAAAAGCUUAUUUGGGAAA